UGUUCGCGUUUAAAUCUGUGAUCGAUUAUUUCGAGCAAUGUCGCGAAUAGCUAUAAUUUUGGCUAUAAUUGGACACUCUAUUUUGAUGGCUUCUGCUGCCAAAAUACCGAUUAGCCACUUCAAAACAUUACUAUUUCGUGAGCCACCACUAUUAUCCCAGACGAUAAGGCCACAAGCUCCCGUGCUGGAAUACAUUGAACAGAAUGUGGACAAUUUCAAUCCGAAUAAUGAUGCCACAUAUCGCAUGAGAUACUACAGGAAUGACGAAUUUUUCGUGAGAGGCGGUCCAAUCUUUAUUUAUGUGGGCGGUGAGUGGUCGAUAUCACCAGGAUGGCUCAGCGGUGGACACAUGGUUGACAUGGCCCGAGAAUUGGGUGGACAACUGUUCUACACAGAACACAGAUACUAUGGACAAAGUUUUCCGACACCUGACGCCUCUUUCGAAAAUUUAGAAUUUUUGAAUAUUGAACAAGCCCUCGCCGAUUUGGCUCAUUUUAUUGUAUUUAUGAAGCAAAGGCAUGCGGAAUUCGUAGACUCUGAAGUGGUUCUGGUUGGAGCAUCGUACUCGGCUACAAUGGUUGCAUGGUUUAGACAGAAAUAUCCGCAUUUAGUUGCGGGAGCAUGGGCUUCAUCUGCACCAGUUCUAGCAAAGGUUGAUUUUGUCGAAUACAAAGAAGUGGUUGGUGCAUCAAUUCGUAGUGUUGGGGGUGAACAAUGCUUCCGGCGGAUCGAAAGAGCUUUUAUCCAAGCUGAACAAUUGAUAACGAAUGGAAAUUUCGCAGAGUUUUCGAAUCGCUUCAGAACUUGUGAUGAACUGACAAACGAUCAGUACGAUAUAUGGUCAAUAUUCGGAUUAUUCGGAGAUUUGUUUUCUUCCGUAGUGCAAUACCACUGGCCUGGAGAUAUUGAAGGUAUCUGUGAUGCACUUCUUGAUCCCAACAAUGCUACAGAAACUGAUCUUGACGCCUUUGUUCGAUGGUACACACUUCAAAUAUUCGGAAGUAAUCCUUCCGAUGACGAUUGUAUCGAUGCCACAUUAGCGGCUGAUAUAGAGUUCUACCGAAACACAUCUUGGGAUCACUAUGCCACGCGAUCAGCCGGUCGACAAUGGUUUUAUCAGACUUGUGCUGAAUACGGUUGGUAUCAAACGUCUGGCUCAAGAUUUCAACCAUUCGGUUCGAAUUUCCCAGUUGAAUUAUACAUUGCAUGGUGUCAUAAUGUGUACAGUACCAUAUUCAAUCGAGACACAAUCGAAGUGAAUGUGCAACGCAAAAAUGUGAAAUAUGGAGGUAUGAAUCCGCAGGUGACUAACGUUUACUUCACUCAUGGUUCGAUCGAUCCGUGGCGUACGAUGGGCAUUCAAAGUGACUUAAAUGAUCGAGCUCCAGCAGAUGUUAUUCCCGGUGCUUCCCACUGUGCAGAUCUCUACUCAAUUUCACCUGACGAUAGUCCUAAAAUGCGAGAAGUUAAAGAGAGAAUUUUCAGUCUAGUAAAAUUGUGGAUUGGAGUCGAUAGUUCGUAAAGCGAUUGUGAGCAGAGUUUUGUGCGUUGAUUAAAUCAGU